AUGGAGGAAUCGAUAAAAACUUUUGCAACAGAUUUCGCCGUUGACACGUUAUCGUUCAAACUCUUAAGACGAUUCUCUUCGCGGAAGAUCCUGUCUCAAGCGAUACAUCAUUCCGAAUUUUUCGCUAAUUAUAAGAGCUUAUACACUGGCAACAAAAGGCAACUGAUCGUUCUUCUUCUUACGGACGAUCAAACUCUUAAGAUCUUCGAACAAUUCACCAAGAUACAUAAUUUAUCGAUGUACGCAUGGUUUAUUGUAUUCUGGGCCAGACGUGGAACAGCUUUACAUGAUUACUGCGAAAAACCGAAGGUGAACCGUUUUCAUCUAAACUUCGACGUUCGGAUGCUGGUCAAAUGUCUGGAAAAUCCAGAGAUUCGAGAAUGGUACGCUUUGGAUCCGAAAGCUGAAGUCAGAGUCAACGAGUUGAUGGAAUGGAUGCCUGGAACAGGUUUAAUCCGGAAGACAAAGCUGACCUUUUAUCAGCGCAGGAGAGAUUUUAAUGGAAAAUUGCUGAAAGUAUCGACUGUCAAGGAACUCGUCCGCACUGCGGGUAAUUCUAAUAAAAUCGAGGAUAGGCCGAUUGAACUGAUGAUGACGGAGAUGAUGCGCUACAUGAACUUUAACGUCAGCUUUCAGCAGCCAAUACCAAACUACGGUCUGUUCAAUCAGACGGAACAGGAAUGGAACGGGAUGCUAGGAAAUUUGUCGCGUGGUGAGAUCGACAUGUGCUUCACUGACAUAACCAUGACCCGACAGAGGCAUCGGUACUUCGACUACACUUGGCCGCUCUUCAUGACGCCUAAUGUUCUUUACAUAAAAAAAGUUGGAAAAUCUGCCGUUAAAUGGAAUGCUUAUUCAAAAGCUUUUGACUACAAAAUUUGGAUAUCCAUAAUGAUAUUAAUGACAAUUGCAUCGAUAGCCGUUACAAUAAUAAAGGCCAAAAUCAAACAAACUUAUGGCAACAAAAAUAGCUUUUUAGAAAAUCAGUUGUAUGUCUGGGGAAUUUUUUGCCAACAAGGAUUACCAGCAUUUCCGGACUCUUCGCCUCUUAGAAUCGCGUACGUUUCGAUGUUCUUCUGUGCUAUUGUAAUCACGGCUGCUUUCUCUGGAUCUAUCAUCAGUAAUUUGACUAACUUGGCGAUAGUCCUACCAUUUACUUCCUUCAAAGAAUUCGUCAGUCUUGGCACUUACAAACUCACCGUCAUGAAGAAUAGCUUCGAUCAUGAAUAUUUUACUUACAAUCAGGAUCCGAUCGUAGCAAAAAUGAAACAGAUGAUGGUACGAGAUAAAGAUUUGCCUGCUAAUAAUGUGGAAGGAUUACAGCAGAUCUGCCGUGAGAAAGCUGCGUUUUAUACGAACGAAGCGAUGAAAAAUAAAGUCGCGAAGACGGUACCUUGUAAAAUCACUGCCAUCUUGACCGGAGGGAAUCGAUUCAUGGCACUACCACUGUCCAAAAAUAAUCCUCUCACGGGUUUUUUAAAUCAUCAUGAAGAGGAACUUCAAAGCUUUGGAAAUUUCACGAAAGACCAUAACUUAGCUUUUCAUAAUUGGCUUGUCAUUUUUUAUGGAAUGCCUACGAAAAGUAUGCUUGACUUUUGUGAAAAACCUCCAGAUAACCGGCUGAAUUUGAAUAUCGAUUAUCACGUGCUUGUAAAAUGUUAUGAUAGUGAAAAAAUUCGUGAGUGGUACGCGUCAAAAGCAAGAGAUACCGUAAAAACUUUAGAUUUAAUCGAAUGGAAAGCCGAAAGUGGUUUGAUUGUACGAAAUAAGAAAAACGUAUACGACAGGCGACGUGACUUCGGAGGAGCAGAAUUAAAAAUAGCAGCAAUGAUGGAUCAAGAGCAGCUUCCGAGACUAACAGCUGAUGGACAAAUGCAACACAUCGACGUCUAUCAAAAUAUCAUUUACGAGCUCAUAAAUGCGAUGAACUUUAGUGUGACACUUUUGCCAGCAGUGAAGACCUACGGCAGGUUCGAUGAAUCGCAAAACAAGUGGAUCGGCUUUAUGGGUGAAAUAUUAGCUGGAAACAUUGAAGUUCCAUUUAGUGAAUUUGGUAUCGUCAGUGAGAGAUUGGAUUCUUUCGACUACACAUGGCCGCUUACCUUAGCACACAGUAUGCUUUACUACAAAGAUCCGGAAAUCUCCGAUAUCGAGUGGAAUGCUUAUAUUAAUGGAUUUUCAGUCGACGUGUGGAUAACGUUUGCGAUUAUUUUGACGAUCUUACCAAUAGUUUUAGCUUACAUCAAAGCGAGAAUCGAAGGCAAAUACGAUUUCAUUGAAAACUAUUUACAUGUUUGGGGUAUCUUCUGUCAACAAGGAAUAGAAGACGAUUCAUAUUCUUUGUCCUGGAAAAUCACAAUAAUAUUCUUCUAUCUAUCACAACUAGUACUUUUUGGAGUAUACUCUGCGAUUCUCGUCAGCUACUUGGCAACUCUGAAGACAAGGCUGCCGUUUACAACUGUGGAAGAAUUUUUAAAUGAUGGUUCUUAUAAAUUAGUUACUAUUCUCAACGGUAGCGAUGAAACUUUUUUUCUGAAUACUAAGGAUCCAGUUUUGGUUAAAAUGAGGAAUACGCAAAUGCUGCCCUGGAAAAGUUUGCCUUUGAACUUCACCGAGGGAUUUAAAAUGGCAUGUGAUGGUGGACGAAAAAUCGCAUUGUACUCUCACGAUCAAAAGGUCAAAAAAUACAAAUCAGCUCGAGCUUGCAAAUUAGCUCGAGUACCCGUGAAUCGAAGACGUUACCAAGCUUUGCCUUUGGUUAAAGAUAGUCCUCUCAGAAAUUUUUUCAGCUACUAUAUCCUCAGGUUUCAAGAACACGGUAUGAGUAAUCGUUUAUUCAACAUGUACUACAAUAGAUACGACGAUUUCUCGACGGAAUUCAGCCCAGUCAACCUUCAAGAAAUCGCGCCGGCACUCGCUAUUCUGCUGUUCGGAAUGAUCCUGAGUUUUGUAAUCAUGCUGUUGGAACGGUUAUAUUUCAAAAUCAAACAUAGACAUAGCAGUACAAUUAACGGCAUAAAAAUGCCCCAAAAAGUUCUGGUAAAAAUGCAGCAAAAAAUUGUACGAAACCGAACUAUGUUUUCAUAAUUAAAAUAUAUUACAAAUUAUUUUGGAAUA